AUGUCGGCGUCGGCGUUUUUUAUUCUGGACCUGAAGGGAAAGGUCUUGAUCUGUCGUAACUACAUGGGAAACAUGGACAUGAAUGAGAUUGACCACUUCAUGCCGUUUCUAAUCAAGCGGGAAGAAGAGGCAGAGAUGACUCCAUUGAUCACUCAUGGCUCCUCGCACUUUCUUUGGAUAAAACAUAACAACCUGUACUUGGUGGUCAUGACCAAGAAGAAUGCCAAUGCUGCUCUGGUGUAUUCCUUCCUUUAUAGAAUUGUCCAGGUGUUCCAAGAGUACUUUAAGGAGCUGGAGGAAGAAAGUAUUCGUGACAACUUUGUGACUGUGUAUGAACUGAUGGAUGAAGUCAUGGAUUUUGGAUUCCCACAAACAACUGAUAGCAAAAUUCUUCAAGAGUACAUUACCCAGCAGGGUCACAAACUGGAGAUUGGGGCUGUUCGACCUCCUGCCACUGUCACUAAUGCUGUGUCCUGGAGGUCGGAGGGCAUCAAGUACAGGAAGAAUGAAGUUUUUAUGGAUGUCGUUGAGUCUGUAAAUCUAUUGGUGAAUGCCACUGGCAGUGUCCUGCGGAGUGAAAUAUUGGGCUGCAUCAAGCUUAAAGUCAUCCUUUCUGGGAUGCCUGAACUCAGGCUGGGACUUAAUGACAAAGUGCUGUUUGAAAUCACAGGCAGUAAUGGAGAGAAGAGUAAAAGUGUGGAGCUAGAGGAUGUGAAAUUUCAUCAGUGUGUUCGUCUGUCACGCUUCCAGAAUGACCGCACAAUUUCUUUCAUCCCACCUGAUGGCGAAAGCGAGCUCAUGUCCUACCGGCUCAACACUAUGGUGAAGCCACUCAUAUGGAUCGAGAGCGUGAUAGAGAAGUUCUCCCACAGCCGUGUCGAGAUCAAGGUGAAGGCUCGUAGUCAGUUUAAGAGCCGUUCAACUGCCAACAAUGUGUCUAUUUUGGUGCCAGUGCCCAGUGACGCCGACUCACCAAAGUUCAAGACCAGCACCGGCAGUGCCAAGUGGGUGCCCGAGAAGAAUGUGGUGCAGUGGAACAUCAAAUCUUUCCCUGGUGGCAAGGAGUACUUGAUGCGGGCGCACUUUGGGCUACCCAGUGUGGAGGCUGAUGAGUUGGAUGCAAAAAGACCAAUCACUGUUAACUUUGAAAUCCCCUAUUUUACUGUGUCUGGCAUUCAGGUGCGUUAUCUUAAAAUUAUUGAAAAGAGUGGAUAUCAGGCUUUGCCUUGGGUGCGCUACAUCACACAAAGUGGAGAUUACCAGCUCCGGACAAACUAA